GCUGAGAGACUUUGCCUCAGCAGAAGGCCUGAGUUUAACAAAUCGGUAUCCUAAGCCUUGGCCAAGGAGCAGUUUGGUACAUUGGUAGGACAUUUGCCUGCCUGUUGCCUCGUGGACCACAAGCACACACCAGGGAAGGGGAGACUCAUUGCCACUUUCUGGAGACAUUUCGGGAGCAAUUUCACAUCGUAAGCAGAAACUGUCCCCUCUUCUCAGUGCCCCCGCCUCCAAUGUUGUUAUUUGGGCAGCCAGCCUGGAAGGCAGCACUCAGUGAAAACACUUCGGGAACUUUCUUUGCUCCGUUUUCACUCAGAAGUCGCUCCUGCCACACGCUGGAUGCCAGCCAUGUUCCUGGAGUUAGUCACCUCCGCGUUGCUGUGGUAUUCCCCUCCUUCCCUGCCCAAUGGCUGGAAAGAACAUGGCAUUUAGGGAAAGAGAACACGAUAUUUAGGGAAAGCCCGGAGGAUUUUAGCUCCCUGAGGGAAAGCCCAACCCCUAGGAGACUUCCUUCAGCCUCCAAGAGCUCCCCCCCCUCACACCCCUGUCGUUCCCCCCCGCCCCCCACAGUGGUACAGCCCGAGCGCGGGCAGAGCGGGCGGGGCGCCGCCGGGCGGUACCACGCAGAAAGCCUGCGGGGGGGGAGGGUGCCGGAAGCACCGCCUGUUCUCCCCGGCAGCACCCACACGCUUCUUCCCCUCAUGGCUUUCAACUUCGGGGCGGCGGCGGGCACCGGGGCCGCCAACCCCACGGGUGCAUUUGGAGGAUUCGGGACAACCACCACCACUGCGGCACCAGCAUUUAGUUUUUCUGCUCCCACCAAUACAGGCACUGGCGGACUCUUUGGUGCUACCCAGAACAAAGGCUUUGGAUUUGGUACUAGUUUUGGCACGGGGACUGGAACUGGCUUGGGUACUGGGUUGGGAACUGGGUUAGGCUUUGGAGGCUUCGGUACCCAGCAGCAACAGACCACACUGGGAAGCGGCUUGUUCAGCCAGCCUACUCAGACACCUGCCCAAUCAAACCAGCUCAUCAAUACAGCCAGUGCCCUCUCGGCGCCGACGCUCUUAGGAGAUGAGAGAGAUGCCAUUUUGGCAAAAUGGAACCAGCUACAGGCCUUCUGGGGAACAGGCAAAGGGUACUUCAACAAUAACAUUGCUCCAGUGGAGUUCACACAGGAAAACCCAUUUUGCAGAUUUAAGGCUGUGGGUUACAGUUUAAUGCCCAACAACAAAGACGAAGAUGGCCUUGUUGUCUUGGUCUUUAAUAGAAAAGAAACAGAUAUUCGAAGCCAGCAGCAGCAGCUCGUAGAAUCACUGCACAAAAUUCUGGGAGGAAACCAGACCCUCACUGUCAACAUAGAAGGUGUUAAAACGAUGCCAGAUGACCAGACAGAAGUGAUCAUUUACGUUGUUGAGCGUUCACCCAACGGCACCUCGAGGAGAGUUCCAGCAACAACCCUGUAUGCCCACUUUGAACAAGCCAACAUAAAAUCGUCCCUGCAGCAGCUGGGAGUCAGUCUCUCCAUGGCCAGAACAGAGCUUUCCCCGGCCCAAGUCAAACAGCUCCUUCAGAAUCCACCUGCUGGUGUUGAUCCUAUUAUAUGGGAACAAGCCAAAGUUGAUAAUCCAGAUCCUGACAAGCUUAUUCCUGUACCAAUGGUGGGUUUCAAAGAACUGUUGAGAAGAUUGAAGGUCCAAGAUCAGAUGACCAAACAGCAUCAAACUCGAUUAGAUAUAAUAUCAGAAGAUAUCAGUGAGCUACAGAAAAACCAGACAACCACUAUGGCAAAAAUUGCACAGUACAAAAGGAAACUGAUGGCGCUAUCUCACAGAACCUUACAGGUGUUAAUAAAGCAGGAGAUCCAAAGGAAAAGUGGUUAUGCCAUUCAAGCAGAUGAAGAGCAGCUUCGUGUACAGUUAGAUACUAUUCAGUGUGAACUUAAUGCACCUACACAGUUCAAGGGCAGACUGAAUGAGCUUAUGUCCCAAAUCAGGAUGCAAAACCACUUUGGAGCAGUGAGGGCUGAAGAGCGCUAUUACAUAGAUGCAGACCUCUUAAGGGAAAUCAAGCAACAUCUGAAGCAGCAGCAGGAAGGUCUUAGUCACUUAAUUAGCAUUAUAAAGGAUGACCUGGAGGACAUCAAACUAAUAGAACAUGGGCUGAACGAGAGCAUUCCCAUCAGAGGAGGAGUCUUCAGUUGACGGGUCACUCGCUGCUGCGCUCGCACAGAACAUAUUAUUCAAGUUCAUGGUUCACCUUCCAAGGCUAAAACUGGCGAGGUAAAAUAAAAUGUGUAUCUUCUAGGAGUAAUGGUAUGUCUUCUGUUAUCAUUAGAAUUAGCAAAGCCUCUUCUAAGCUUUUGAACUUGACCUUUGGAAGGUUUAUAUUUUAUAAAGCUGUAUAUGCUUUAAUAAAAGAAGGAAAACUGAAUCUGUUCAGAUACUGUUCUACUAUAAAACUAUAUGUACUAUUGUACAUUUUUCCUUUUUUUUUUUUUUUUACAACAGUAUUGUCUUAGAAAAUACAGUGGUGAGGGCAUUGUUCUACUUGUGACUUGGUUUGUGGAAAGCUUAGCCUGCUUCCAUGGUUUUGUCAAAACAAGUAACAGCAUUAUGUAAACAGCUAAUCUAAAUCAUUACAGAUAUGUAUGCUGCUGUAACUAUUGUUGGUCUUCACAAUACUGGUAGUUUUCUGGGGCAAUCUGCAGGAAUUUGACUUUUCCAGUGUCUGUCUUUCCUUUGGACUGUUUACAUAUGUGAAUUCUGAGAAGCUUUUCUGUCCCUCAACUAACAACAAGAUGUGUAGAUGAUGUCUUCCUUUUUUUUUUUUUAAUUUCUGGAGAGUAAUAAAUUCAGUCUGACUUUGUAAUAA